AUGCCGGAUCCUCCGAUUAAUUCGAACAACCCUCCUCCACCAGCUGCUCGAACAAGUACGCAGAACCUCAUUGCCUUUCUUGCAUAUUUAUCUUUUAUCUAUCAAGCUGAAGAAGAAGAAGAUUUCGAGAGCAUGCAAUUCUCCUCAGAAGCAAUAGAUGUUGCAACCAAGUUCCAACGCUUGCUCGAUGCAUACAAGAGAUACAAAAGGCAAAACGAGUUACUUGAAAAAGAAAAAACGGACUUGCUUACCCAAAACUACAACAUUCGUCUUCAGGCUGAUCAAUGGCAAAAAGCCGUCAACGAUAUAACCGUGCGAAUGGAUUCGGAAAAAAGGAGAUAUCAACAAAGAGCAAAUGAAUCGGAUCUUGAAAUUCAAGGCCUAAAGAAACAGAUUGUCCAAUUUAAAGAUGAAGCCUCGCAGUUACAAUCACGUCUUGGAAACGCCACAAGCUUUCAUUGGGGUGAUAAUGAUGCUAACAACACAGUGCAGCUUAAUAAAGUAAUUUCUAAUAUACAAGAUAAGUUGGAUGAAUUCGCCAUGGUUAAAGGCAGAGACGUAUUGAUCAUUGAAGAAAAUGCAGCCAGACUCUUGCAACAAUACAAAUGCACAACAAAAAUUGGAGGGGGAAAAGGUAAACCUGUGUUGAGUGCCGCUUUGCAACGUCUUACGCUCGAGACUCUAUUUCAUCAUCUCAACAAAUAUUUGCACCAACCUGAAAAAAGUUCUCGACAAAAUCCUCAACUUGUAAACCAACAACUACAGCAGCAGCAUCAACAGGCUUUGGCCACUUCACGACAUUCAACUUCCCCACAACCUAAUCCGAGAAGUUCGAGUCUUGGUGCUGAACAAAAUAAUAACCUUGAAGUCGAAAUUACAACGACAAUGACUUCUUUGUGUGAUCUAGUGAGUCAACUUACUGAAUCACGCCAGGGAUCCGAUGAUGUUUCACGUGCAACGCCUAUAAAAAUUCGUCAACAAAUUUAUGCUGUGCUGGGAACACGAGGGUUUUGUAAGGAUGGUCACCCAUUCAUUGAACAACUCUCAAGUGCAAUUUUGGAAAAAAUUGGUCAGUAUCGUCAAUUAAAGAGCGAAGAAAGACAAUCGGAGGUCAAAAAGAACACCAUAGAAAUAGUCAGAGAUAUUGUACAGCUGUAUUUCAGAUUAAACGCCCAAGAACCUGUACCCGAUUUUACCGAAUUUUUCGGGGCGGGUUCAACCAUACAAAAUAACGUCAUGGACGGAUCAUGGGAUGAUGACAACAUAGAAGAUUUGGAAGUCGAAAUUUGUUCUUUUCCAUUAAUUAGUGUUAGGGGUAAAGAUAAUGUUAGGAAAGUGCUUAGUAAAGCGCAAGUGGUCGCAAGGAAAAGGAAUUAA